GCUCGCAUUGACGGGCAAUCUUCAACAAAACACCCGCCCAUUUUUCCACCGACGGGGUCACCGACCACAACUCGCAGAGGCAUCUCUGGAAUUCCGCUGCACAAAACACCAAUCGCUGCCUGAGCCGCCUCCAAGACACACAAGAGCCAUCAACGACAAGCAGCGCGCGAGACAGACCCCAGCCCGAGACAAGUCAGCCCAGCAUCGCCGUCGCCGCCCUCACCGCAGAGAUGACCUCGUUCAUGACCACCGUAAAUGCCCGGCGCAAUCAGUUUCGCUCCAGGCCAGGCAAAGGCGGCAGCUCCAGUCACCAGCUCCGCCAGUAUGCCGAGGCUACACUCGGCGGCGGCAGCCUGCGCAAGGUCGUCAAGUUGCCUGAGGGCGAGGAUGAGAACGAGUGGCUUGCCGUCAACAUGGUCGACUUCUACAACCAGAUAAACCUCAUCUACGGCGCCAUCACAGAGUUCUGCUCUCCCCAGUCAUGCCCGGAGAUGAAGGCCACAGACGAGUUCGAAUACCUCUGGCAAGACAACGACACGUACAAGCGGCCGACCAAGAUGACCGCGCCGGCCUACAUCGAGCAGCUCAUGAGCUGGGUCCAGAGCAGCAUCGACAACGAGGCCGUCCUGCCCAGCCGUAUCGGCGUGCCGUUCCCAAAGUCGUUCCCGGCCCUCGUCCGCCAGAUCUUCAAGCGCAUGUACCGCGUCUACGCGCACAUCUACUGCCACCACUACCCGGUCAUCCGCGAGCUCGGCCUCGAGCCCCACCUCAACACGAGCUUCAAGCAGUACGUCCUCUUCAUCGACGAGCACAACCUUGCUAGCGGCAAGGACUUUUGGGGGCCCCUCGGCGAUCUCGUGGACAGCAUGCUUCGCAGCGACUGAAAGGGAGACUUGCAUAUACUGUUUCGGGUGCGUAUGCGUGCGCGUGCGUGCAAAUCCCGAGGAUGUGGCUUGGGGUUUCUGUAGCGCUGUGGUUUUGGGUUUCGUUCUGCAUUCUUGUUGAUUGGGCUUUUCAAAAGGGGUUUCUCAGCAGGCGUUCAACGGGAAAUACUUGUGUCCAUGCGCUUCUUGAAAUUUCCAGAAGCUUGCAGCGCAGAAGGCGAUAAUAUCAUACGGUCAUGAAGGAUAGAAAAUUCCAGGAGUAUAUCCAUAGCCUUGAAGCUGUCUUACUGCUUCGCACAAGCAUUGCCGAGAGAUGCCCAAGGUAGAGUUUGUGCAUUGAGACCCUUGCUGCAUGUCCCGGCAUACCUAUCCUUCUUGGCACCCAUCUCAUAGGGGUUGCGAGGCCGUAGAUCAACAACAUGCAUCAUCAACAC